AUGUCUCUCCUCUCUCGUGCCCUCUCUCAAAUCUUUUCCUGGAUCACACUUUAUCAAGUUCUGUUAGUGGGCAUUGUAGGACUGGUCGCCACGGUUACAGCAUGGACCACCAGGUUGUUGCUUCAACAUGCUUGGUUCACUCGCAGACUAUCUUGUUUCAGCAAGCCUCAUGCAGGCUCUUGGCUCAUAGGACACCUGGGUCAGAUGCAGAGCACGGAGGAAGGGCUCCUCCAGGUAGAUGAAUUAGUGCAGACUUAUAAACAUUCCUGCUGCUGGUUCCUAGGGCCUUUCUAUCAUUUGGUCAGACUAUUCCACCCUGAUUAUGUCAAACCUCUUCUAAUGGCACCUGCCAGCAUUACUGUGAAAGAUGAACUCUUUUAUGGUCAUCUCCGUCCAUGGCUCGGGCAGAGCCUGUUGCUCAGCAAUGGGGAGGCAUGGUCUCGCAGAAGGCGUCUUCUGACACCCGCAUUUCAUUUCGACAUACUGAGGAACUACAUUGCAAGAUUUAACUCUUCAGCAGACGCCAUGCAUGAUAAGUGGCGGCGUCUGGUGGCAAAAGGCAUUUCGACAAUUGAGAUAUUUGACCACGUUACUCUGAUGACUUUGGACAGUUUACUGAAAUGUGCCUUCAGCUACAGCAGCAACUGUCAGGAGUCCAGCAGUGAGUACGUGUCAGCCAUAGUUGAACUGAGUGACCACAUAAUAGAGCGGCGUCAAAAUAUUCUGCACCACUGGGACUGGAUUUACUGGAAGUCCCAGCAGGGGAAACGCUUUAAGAAGGCUUUAAACAUUGUGCACAGGUUUACAAGCCAAGUGGUUCAGCGACGCCGUGCCCUCCUUGCGCAGACCUCAUCUAAAUCGACUUUAACAUCUCAGAGGAAAAAGGAUUUUGUGGACAUCAUAUUGCUAUCCAAGGAUGAAGAUGGGCGAGGCUUGACAGAUGAAGAGAUCGAAGCUGAAGCCAACACCUUCAUGUUUGCUGGUCAUGACACAACAGCCAGUGCCAUUUGCUGGACGCUGUAUAAUUUAGCACGUCACACACACUUUCAGGAAAAAUGCAGGGAGGAGGUGUCAGAACUUAUGAAGGGACGUGAAGGACAAGGAAUAGAGUGGGAUGAUCUGUCCAACCUUCCUUUCACCACAAUGUGCAUCAGGGAGGCGCUGAGAUUACACUCACCUGUCCAAGCUGUGACAAGGAAGUACACUCAAGAAAUGCCACUGCCAGAGAAUCGUACAGUACCAAAUGGGGCAAUCUGUUUAAUCAGUAUUUACGGAACACAUCACAACCCUGCAGUAUGGACAAAUCCACAUGAAUUUGAUCCGCAGCGUUUUGAUCCAGCUAACCAAGAGGGACGUUCUUCCCAUGCCUUUAUUCCCUUCUCCUCAGGCCCAAGAAACUGCAUUGGUCAAAAGUUUGCACUGGCAGAGCUCCGUGUUGUUGUGUCUUUGACAUUGCUCAGGUUUCGAUUGACACCAGGGAUUAAUCCCAAAAUUGUCUCGGGAGAGGUUCGCCGUCUACCUCAGCUCGUGUUGAGGGCAGAGGGUGGCCUGUGGCUACAGCUGGAGCCUCUGACACCACCUGAUAUGGACACAGCACUUGAUACAUAA